AGUCGACGUGGCCCUGAAGCAAACGGUCACUGUGAAAGCCUCUUUCUCCCUUUCCCCUCUCUAGUUCGAAAACAGCCAUAGCCAAAUUUCUCCUUCAGCAUUUUAUCUUGUUUGUUUUCAGUAUUUUUGAGUGAGCAAGGUCAUUUUGUUCUUAAUCCGUUGCAGAACUGUGAUUUGGUUCACUUCUAUUGCCGGUUGCCUAUGUUCCUGGACUGGACGGUUGAGGAUUUUGGCAAAACUGACAUCCUGUUUUACCGUCAUCCACAACGAAGAAGAAAGGUAGAGGUGGUCACUGGAGCCACGCCACACACUGCAGAGUCUACCACUGUGACUGAAGUCUUCCAUCGCCGAAAAAACUACACUAGUCGGAAGCAAUGGAAGACGCCGGGAAAUAUCUGAACUCCGGCGACCUAUCGCGUAAGGUCGUCGACGUGGAUGCGGGGGAAGCACACACUCUCCUUCUUACUGGGGAUGGCAGUGUUUAUUGUUGGGGUAGAGGAAUGUUUGGUCGGCUUGGGAUUGGGUCAGAAAAAGACGAGCUUUUUCCAGUACAAGUCAAGUUUGGAAACCCUAAUGGAACCGAAGAAGACACUGUCAAAAUAGUGGGAAUUGCUGCCGGUGCUUAUCAUAGUCUUGCUCUUGCAGAUGAUGGAGCUGUUUGGUGUUGGGGUUACAAUAUCUAUGGUCAACUUGGUAUAAAUGGAGAGGACUUGCAUGAUGAUAAAUAUGCUGUUGGAGACAAUUCUCUAGUUCCCGUCGUACUGAACAAAUUUCUUGAAUUGCACCCCCCAGAUUCCUCAACAGCUGUGUCUGAAGAAGAAGGUAAAACAUCACUUAAGAUAUGUGCUGUCAAAGCUGGAGGAAUGACAUCUCUGGCCAUUGAUAAUGGUGGGAUGCUGUGGAUGUGGGGAAACUGCCCACAACAAAGCAAAGAAGGUGGGUUAUCUUUUGUUAGCAGUUUCACUCCAACACCAGUUUGGGAUUUUCAUGGUCACACUGUUGUCAAGGUUGCAUGUGGAAAUGAGCAUAUUGUAGCACUGGUUAGUGCUGGAGAAUUGUAUAGUGGUGAAGAUCUAGUGUGCUACUCUUGGGGUUAUAACAGCCAUGGCCAAUUAGGCUUGGGGGAUAGGGAGAGCAGGCUGCAUCCAGAAGCGGUUAAAACAUUUGAUAAGGAAUCCCUGUCGACAAUUUAUGGUGUAGCAUGUGGUGCCUUUCACACUGCUUUGCUCACUCACAAAAAGAACCCUGGUGACACAUUAGAAAGCACGUGCUGGACAUUUGGUCUUGGAAAUAAUGGCCAACUUGGGCAUGGAACAACUCAAAGCACAUCAUUUCCCACACUUGUUAAAGAAUUGCCACAAAAUGUAGAUCUUAUUAGUGUCGACUGUGGCUUGUUUCAUACAAGUGUUGUUUCCUCUGCUGGGGAUGUGUGGUCUUGGGGAAUGGAGAAGGGCCUUGGCUUAUGCCCUGAUGCUAGUCGUGCUGAAACAGAUUCUGGUGAUGCACUCUCUCCCCGUCUUAUGUCAUGCAAGCCUUAUCAACCUAAAUUUCCUGAUCCAAUUAAAGUCGCGUGUGGGGCUGCACAUACUGUUAUUGUUGCACAGGAGGGAUAUAGAAUAUGGUCUUGGGGUAGAGGAAAGAGUGGCGUUCUUGGAAAUGGUAAAGGAGUAGACUGUUACACUCCCACCAUUGUGCUAUGGCCUCCAAUGAUGGAGGAUUUCAAAGAUGAGGAAGUAAAAAGCUCUGUUGAGAAAGAUAAGGUCAGAGAAAAGGAGACUGAAAAAAUAACAGAAACAGAUGAGAAAUUAUCCUCGGUAUUGAAUGAGCUGAAGCUGCUUCAAACAAAACAGUCUAUAAUGGAAAAAUAUGCGAGUAUACUUCAUGGUUCUAUUUUUGGAAAACCUUUUGAUGAGCAAGAUAUCCCUGCUUCGUUGCGGAAUUCAGGUUCAUUUGACAUUGCAAUAGAAUGGGAGAAGAUGUUAGAGGCAGCAGAUCAUAGGAAGCUAGUUAGGUUGGAAAUGUUUUACCGUGACAUGCUUGCUGGAGUGAAAGAUGAACUAAUGAAGAGAAGGAUCAAGGAAAUUAUAAAGGAGUGUCUCCAAUCUACUUCAGGGGCGAAAAAUUAGUAUCCAUACAUACAAGAUGCAUCCCGUUCCGAAACAAAGGAUUUCACAUAAAAAGCAAUAUGCUAUUUAUUAUUCCAUUUGCAUGUUGGUAUUUCUCUUUAUUUGUCACUUUAUCUGAUCAUUUAUUUCAUUUUGCAUUCAU